CCCAGAUCUUGUAGCUAGCCAGAGAGAGACUUCGGAUUUCCUCAGUCUCCGGCCACUGUCCCGAACGGCCCUAAACUGGGGAGGCCCGUCUAGCUCCCGGAAGACUGGAGGGAGGUACCUGGCCAAGCUGUCAUCCGUGGGGAGCAUCUCGGAGGAGGAAACGUGUGAGAAGCUCAAGGGCCUGAUCCAGAGGCAGGUGCAGAUGUGCAAGCGGAACCUGGAGGUGAUGGACUCCGUGCGCCGCGGCGCCCAGCUCGCAAUUGAGGAGUGCCAGUACCAGUUUCGGAACCGGCGCUGGAACUGCUCCACACUCGACUCCCUGCCAGUUUUCGGCAAGGUGGUGACGCAAGGGACUCGGGAGGCGGCUUUUGUGUAUGCCAUCUCGUCAGCAGGUGUGGCUUUUGCAGUGACACGGGCGUGCAGCAGUGGGGAGCUGGAGAAGUGUGGCUGUGACCGGACAGUACACGGGGUCAGCCCACAGGGAUUCCAGUGGUCAGGAUGUUCGGACAACAUCGCCUAUGGCGUGGCCUUCUCACAGUCGUUUGUGGACGUCCGGGAGAGAAGCAAGGGCGCCUCAUCCAGCCGGGCCCUCAUGAACCUUCACAACAAUGAGGCUGGCAGGAAGGCUAUCCUGACGCACAUGCGGGUGGAAUGCAAGUGCCACGGGGUGUCGGGCUCCUGCGAGGUAAAGACGUGCUGGCGGGCUGUGCCGCCCUUCCGCCAGGUGGGCCACUCGCUGAAGGAGAAGUUUGAUGGUGCCACUGAGGUGGAGCCACGCCGUGUAGGCUCCUCCAGGGCUCUGGUGCCCCGUAACGCGCAGUUCAAACCACAUACAGAUGAGGACCUGGUGUACUUGGAGCCUAGCCCAGACUUUUGUGAGCAGGACAUGCGCAGUGGCGUGCUGGGCACGAGAGGCCGCACGUGCAACAAGACGUCCAAGGCCAUCGACGGCUGUGAGCUGCUUUGCUGCGGCCGCGGUUUCCACACGGCGCAGGUGGAGUUGGCGGAACGCUGCAGCUGCAAAUUCCACUGGUGCUGCUUUGUGAAGUGCCGGCAGUGCCAGCGGCUCGUCGAGCUGCACACGUGCCGAUGACCUCCUGCCCGGCCACACGCCCAGCAACCAUUUAGUGGCCCGGGGAAGGCCGAUAAUUUAAGCAGUCCCUCACCACCUA